AUGCCCUGGGAUCCUACCUCUACCCACGUCCUGGGUUCCUACCUCUACCCACGCCCUGGGAUCCUACCUCUACCCCCACCCUGGGAUCCUACCUCUACCCACGCCCUGGGAUCCUACCUCUACCCCCACCUUGGGAUCAUACCUCUACCCCCACCCUGGGACCAUACCUCUACCCCCACCCUGGGAUCCUACCUCUACCCACGCCCUGGGAUCAUACCUCUACCCCUAACCUGGGAUCAUACCUCUACCCACGCCCUGGGAUCCUACCUCUACCCACCCCCUGGGAUCAUACCUCUACCCACGCCCUGGGAUCAUACUUCUACCCCCACCCUGGGAUCAUACUUCUACCCCCACCCUGGGAUCAUACCUCUACCCCCACCCUGGGAUCAUACUUCUACCCCACCCUGGGAUCCUACCAUUACCCCCACCCUGGGAUCAUACCUCUACCCACGCCCUGGGAUCAUACCUAUACCCACGCCCUGGGAUCAUACCUCUACCCCCACCCUGGGAUCAUACCUCUACCCCCACUCUGGGAUCAUACCUCUACCCCCACCCUUGGAUCAUACCACUACCCCCACCCUGGGAUCAUACCUCUACCCACGCCCUGGGAUCCUACCUCUCCCCCCACCCUGGGAUCCUACUUCUACCCCCACCCUGGGAUCCUACCUCUACCCACGCUCUGGGAUCCUACCUCUACCCCCACCCUGGGAUCCUACCUCUACCCCCACCCUGGGAUCCUACCUCUACCCCCACCCUGGGAUCCUUUGA